CGGGCUACUACAGAGUACGUGUGGCUUAAUGUGUGCCAUGCUGUGGCUUUAGCUUUGGCCUACGGCCUCACGUCACACUCCCCUAUUCGGUUGCACAAGUCCAUUGGCAUUAUGUACUGCCGGACAACUUUGGCGGCUCCAAAAGCGGUGGAUCUUGCAGAGCAAAAGCCAUUCCAACCAGAGAAAUAUGACCAAGGAGCUCCCAGAAAGAGACGGCACGGGCCGGAUCCCAAGUUCACCGUCAAGCCAAAAAAGAAACCCAAAGGCACGAUAGACGUGAAAAACGUGGAAAACGUGGAAAACGUGGCCACGACUUUACGCAAAAAGGGCGUGAAAGGAUUGAAAUCAUUAGAUCGGCGGGAGUUGAUCGCAGCAGCACCACUCCAAGUUGUCAAAGGCGGGAUUAAGGUGGGAGAUGUGUCACUCAAAAGCUUCGAAGAUAUGUUCACCUUUGCUGAUGGCCUCGGGAUGCCUGAACCUCCGAACAAUUGGACACCAUCCUCGAUUGGGCCCCUGCAAUGGACACUGCGCAUCAUAGCUUCGUGUCUUCGGAUAGUUCAGCGAGAGACGGAGCUUGUUCAGCAUCUUGAUGCGUCCGAGGAAGCGAAGAGAGUGCGGUGGGAAAAGUGUGUUCUCGUGCUCAAUAGGAUGGUGAGCUAUCUAGGGCCAAUCGGUCUGAGGCUUUAUGACGCAUAUGCUGAAAACAAUUACAUGCUCACUGCGUGUAUCCGCAACAACAUAAACGUCGAAACCCGAGAGGCUAUAGCCGAUAGGGCGGCCAAACUCCUUCACCACGAAGUAGCGGCGGCCUGGCGGGGCAAUGUUCGAGUCUUUUGCUUGCCCUAUGCCAUCGAGAUGAUUUUAGAAUCUAAAGCAUACGAAGAUCUGCGAGAUGCUUAAUCUGGAUAUAUUUUCGGACUUGCAAAUCGAGUCGUCGUUCAUCCAGCUUGAGCAAGUCGAGGCUCAAUUUCCCCAAGAGCCGGGGGAAACCGAAGAAGACAAAGUGCUAGGGGAAUCUCUCAUCCCCGAGUGCUUCCCUGUUCCUAACCCUCUUGGUGAUAUGGAUCCAUACAGGGAAUUCACUACUUCACACAAGUUACAAAUCAUGGCCUUGAUCGCUGGAGGAUGCCAACGUGGGUAUGACCCGGUAGCAUCUGGAACUGACAGUAAGGCCGAUUUAUACGGGUAUCAAUGGUCUCCCAAGCAUACCCCUGUGGUCCAGAUGAUAAUCAGCUUUUUAGUGAGUCUCUUUACCGCAUAAUGUCAAAAGUA